GAGGAGCACACCCAGAAAUGAAAGAUAUAUAUAUGCGUAUAUGUUUCCAUUUGAUAACUGUCAUCUACACAGAACAGGCACAGCUAUGAAAACAUGAAACAAUGAAUGAGGAACAGAUAAGAUGGAGGCAGAGGACCAUGACAACACAGCAGCCGGAGGGGAGCCUGAAGUCGAAUUUGAAAAUCCACCUGUGGCAAACGACAAAGCAGGAGAGGCUGAUGAAGUUAAAGAGGUCCAUGAUGAAAACAGCAGUGACAUUAGUGAGCAGACUGCAGGGGAGAGCGACAGGCUGGAGUGCACAAGUCAGAGUGUUGCAAGAGAAAUCAAGAAAUUGACAACUGAUCUCACACUUGUGUUAGUUGGUGACACAAAUUCCAUUGAGAUUGGAUCGAAAAACCUCCUACUUGACCAUGAUGUGCAAACAAAUGAGGAACAAUUUUCACACAAACUGUAUGAUUUGUUUGGACGGUGCAUAUAUGUCAUUAACAUGCUUGGUCUUCAAAACAUUGACAAAUUCCCAUUAAAGAGGGGAAUCCAUGCCUUUCUCUUACUGUUACAAAAUGGUUUGCAUAUCAGCCAGUAUAGUUCAGGAGUGCAGUGGCUAGAAAAAACUUUUGGAAAAGGAUCACUUCCUUAUUUACUGACAGUUGUCACUCAUAAGUCAGAUGAAAAAUGUGAAAGUGCAUUGACAGAGUUGAAAGCCAAUAGUGGUGAAAAAAGAUACCUUACAUGUAACAACAGUAUGAUGGAUGUAAAUGAGAUAAUAGCAUUAUUGAAGAACAUAGAUGACUUGGUGUCUGAAAAUGAUCCACACUGCUACAGUGGACUGAUGUAUGAUGACAAAGACCAGCUGGACCCCAAAUCCCAGGAAGAAGAGAGGAUCAAUUCCUCUGUGUCUCAGCAAAAUCAAACAGUAGAUGAGUCAGAGAAGAAUGCAUCUGCAAUCAAGCUAAAGUGUCAUCCAGUGACUGAACCUGGUGAUGCUGAACACUCAGAGAAGAAUGAUGGAAGCACAACAUCAGAUGGAGAGCCUCCGGACAAGUCUGUGAAAGAAUCUGCACCAAAUGAGAAAGCCUGCACUGCUGUCGAGGAGUUAGAGGAGAGUGAGACUGAAGCCAAGGGUGAUCCAGUGAAUGAACCCAGUGAAGCUGAACACUCAGAGAGGAACAACGAAACAACGUCAGGAGAGUCUGAAAUCACAGUUGAAGUACCAACUGCAUCAGAUAAGAAAGUAGAUGAGUCAGAGAAGAAUGCAUCUGCAAUCAAGCUAAAGUGUCAUCCAGUGACUGAACCUGGUGAUGCUGAACACUCAGAGAAGAAUGAUGGAAGCACAACAUCAGAUGGAGAGCCUCCGGACAAGUCUGUGAAAAAAUCUGCACCAAAUGAGAAAGCCUGCACUGCUGUCGAGGAGUUAGAGGAGAGUGAGACUGAAGCCAAGCGUGAUCCAGUGAAUGAACCCAGUGAAGCUGAACACUCAGAGAGGAACAACGAAACAACGUCAGGAGAGUCUGAAAUCACAGUUGAAGUACCAACUGCAUCAGAUAAGAAAGUAGAUGAGUCAGAGAAGAAUGCAUCUGCAAUCAAGCUAAAGUGUCAUCCAGUGACUGAACCUGGUGAUGCUGAACACUCAGAGAAGAAUGAUGGAAGCACAACAUCAGAUGGAGAGCCUCAGGACAAGUCUGUGAAAGAAUCUGCACCAAAUGAGAAAGGUACCUUACAUACAGAUGCGGAUGGAAACAAGGAUAAGAAGUCAGAGAAGAUUUUUGAAGAGAAGAGAAAGGAGCAAUAUCAAAGAGAAUUUAAAACACUGCUCAGCAGACUUCACCUUCAACAGAAACUGACACCAGCAGAUUUUCUUAGAAUAAGUCAACCUGUAAAACAGCAACACAACACAUCUGAGAAAGAUCCAGCUCACACUUUUCUUCAGAGGCUGAUGAUGUUAGACUACAGAGCCAGAUAUAUUCCUGUAAAACAAGACAGUCCUGAGGUGAGCCAUUCAAAGUCACAGAACACAGAAACAGAAGAAGAAGAAGAAGAUGAUGACUUUGCUAAUUUUAACACCAGUGCAGACUCUCAUAAACCAAAACAGUCCCAUGUGCAUCCAAUGGAUGUUCAAAUGGCAGUAUUUCACUGCUCAGACAGCUUUCUUAAGCAGAACAUGAUUACAAAGCUAUCGCAGUGUCAGUACGCCGUACCUUUGCUUGUUCCUGACCCCAUCACAAUGGAUAUUAAGUGUCCUCUGUGGACAUUCAGACAAAUAACAAAAAGCUGGAAGAUAACUCAAACUAAAGAUAAUUCAAACAUUGUCAUCAUGAAGAGUAUGCCCAUCUGCAAAGCUGAGAUGCCCAUGGUGUCAUUUUUUCGUCUUGGUUCACUAUCACUGUCUAAAUCUCAGCUGAUCAACACUUUGAUCAACGACCGUCACAGCACCUUCUUCCACAGAAACUGCAAAGGUAGCACCAAAUCUCGCCAUUUGAUGGAUGGCGUGGCAGAGAUUGCCUGGUACUGCCCUGCUGGGAAACAUGAUGAUGCCUUCACUGACUGCAUUGCCUUCUGUAAUCUUCAUGGUGAUGCUCUGUUGAUUGAAAAACAGUGUAAAACACUUAUGGAAAAGUCUUCAGUCAAUGUUGUUCUGUUGCAAACUCUGGAGAAAAGUCACAAAAGUUGGACAGUUGUCUCAGCCCUUCUUAAGUCUCCAAAACCUCUCAUUUGUCUCAUUGUUGAUAAUGAUUGUGGUGCAGUUGAGACAAAAGAGGGAAAAUACAAAAUGGGUCUGAAAGACAGAAGCCAGUCAGAUGUUGGUGAAGAACUGAAAGAAAUCAUUGGAAAAAUCUUGUCUGGACAACAUACAUCCUUCCAGCUGGAAACCAUGGCUGAGGUCUCUGGAAUCAAAGUGGAUGAAGAUAACACCGUCUGCCAAGAGGGAAAAUCUGCGGCUGUGAAAAUAGUGAAUUUACUUCAAAAGAUGGAUGUUUCAAAAAUCAAAGAUGAAUAUCUGCCUUGUCAAGGCCGACUGUGGCAUGAAUGGUGUAGAAAAAACAAAGAACAGUAUCACCUCAAAGGGCGUAUUGAGAAGGAGAAAUGUAAAAAGCAACAGGAAAUGGAGAGAAUACGUCAAAAACAAUGUGAUGCUUCCUUUAGUGAACUGAUAAAGUUGUUCAUUCAAAGCCUCUCGUCUCUGUCACCAAAGGAAAAAGAGUAUUUCCUUAAAUGGCUUCAGAUCUUACUGGAUUCACUCUCCACAGAUGAUCUGUCUUCAGUUCUCCAAGAGUAUGAUGAAAAGUGGUCUGAAGUCUUGGAUUUGAAGAAGAAGCGUGGCAAAUCUGAUCAGCUAAUAAAGAAGCAAAUUGAGCUUGAGAAAAUAUCAGCAAAACUACAGUCAGCUACUUUUGGCUUAGAGCACAUCUUUAGAGAAAUUGGACAGAUCUAUGAAGCCCAUAAAUCUCUGAAGAAACAAACAAAGAUGGAAAAGACUGACUGGUCUAAAUACCCUGAGCUGGCUGCAGAGCUGAUGAUAGCAGGGCAACCGAUGGAGCUGAUGGAUGGUGAUGCAGGUCAUGUGCCUUUAACAUGGAUCUCUAGUCUUUUAGAUGAAGUCAUCAACAAACUGGGCGACAAGAGAAUUUUUGUUUUGUCAGUUCUGGGUUUACAAAGCAGUGGAAAAUCAACCAUGCUGAAUGCCAUGUUUGGAUUACAGUUUGCAGUCAGUGCUGGCAGGUGCACCAAAGGUGCCUUCAUGCAGCUGGUUAAAGUGUCAGAGGAGAUGAAGAUGAAGUUUGACUAUGUUCUAGUGGUAGACACCGAAGGACUGCGUGCUCUUGAGUUGGCAGGCAACGCCACUCUUCACCACGACAAUGAACUGGCAACAUUUGUUGUUGGUCUGGGAAACAUGACAUUGAUCAACAUCUUUGGAGAGAAUCCAGCUGACAUGCAAGAUGUGCUGCAGAUUGUUGUUCAGGCGAUCAUGAGGAUGAAGAAAGUUAAACUUUCUCCAAGUUGUGUGUUUGUUCACCAGAAUGUAACAGAUAUUGGAGCUGCAGAGAAAAACAUGGAUGGAAAGAGACGACUGCAAGAAAAACUGGACGAGAUGGCUAAACUAGCUGCCAAAGAGGAGGUUUAUGAUGCUGAAUGCUUCAAUGACAUAAUUGCAUUUGAUGUGCAAAAAGAUGUGAAAUACUUUGCCCAACUGUGGGAGGGAAGUCCACCCAUGGCACCUCCAAAUCCAGGUUAUAGUGAGAGCAUCCAGGAUUUAAAGAACUUCAUCCUCUCUAAAGCCUCACAGUCUGCUGGGACGACUCUCUCAAAGUUCAAAAGCAACAUAAAGGACCUGUGGGAAGCACUUCUGAAAGAAAACUUCGUUUUCAGUUUCAAAAACACACUUGAAAUUGCAGUGUACAGAAAACUUGAGGUCCAGUAUGGGAACUGGACCUGGGCCCUGAGGAGCAACAUGUUGACUGUUGAGAACCAGCUUUAUAACAGAAUUGAAAAUGGAAAACUUGAGAAAGUUGAUCCUAGUUAUCUUUUUAAAGAAAUGAGCAAAACAUAUGAAGAAGUCAAAAAAAAUAUGAAGGAGUACUUUGAUGAUGACAGAGACAAAGAAAUCUUGGCUCAGUGGCGAGGCCGAUUUGAAAUCAAAAUCAAAGAGUUUCAUGAUGAACAGGUGAGAGGAGUUAAAAGAAAACUGGACGAAGUCAUCCAGCAGAAGAAUGCUUGUAAAAAACUAGAUGACAAGAAGGCAGAGUUUGAAAAGAUGCUGCUACAAAAGAGCAAAGAACUCGCUCAACAGUUAAGAGACAAGGCCAAAGAUGAAGAGGAACUUAAAAGGCAGUUCAACGGUGUUUGGAGUGGCUGGGUUACUGACUUAACUGGAGACAUUAAACCUAUAAAGGAUAUCGACCUGGAAGAUGAAAAAAUGUCCAUCCUUAAUGAGCUCUGUAAUGAAUGGGCUCUAAUAGAUGAUUCAAAGAGUUCUAAAAGCUACAAAACAAUAUCAACGACGGGGAAUUAUUUUAAGUAUGUAACCCUGAACAAGUAUGAAGAGCUCUGCAACAAAAGCCAACAAUCCCAAGAUGGUAAGAGGGAAAACAAGAAGAUAAAAGGGCAAGGAGGAUGGAAAACUUGGCUUUUUCAGACAUUGUUGAGAUCUGGAUCAACACAAGAAGAAGGACCACUUAAAUCAAGUGAAAAGUUUUCAUAUGAAGAGCAACAACUGUUCACAUCCCUCAUUGAUAAUGUUGAACAACAGAGCAUUUGCAUAAUUGAGAGCAAACCUGUAGCUACAAGAGGGUACAGUCAAACAUACUUGCAGGAGGUGGCCAAAAAUGUCAAAGAAAAAGUGACAGAAUUUGAAAAUAAGACAAAAUACGCCCUGAAGAAGGAGUUUACAGUUGAUCUCCUACUGUAUGUGUUUGACGUGGUAGGGAGUAAGCUUUUAGAGUCCCACAAUGAAUUCAAAAUGAAAAAUGAUGCUGCAACUUUUGUAGAAAGCAAGAAAAUACAAUAUUACAACAUUUUCAGAAGUUUCUGCAAAGGACACUCAUCUGCUGUUGUGCUUGGAGAACUGAUCUGUGAAAAACUGAAGGAUUCCACUGUUGAAGCUGUCUGUAACAAGACUGCCAUUGAUCUCUCUGGAGAGAUGAGGUGCAAUUCCCCAGCAUUCAAAGGGAACAGGUUGAACUUGGAGAAACAUGUGUUGAAGUCACUGGCAGAGAAAGAAGAUUUUAAUAGUUACAUCAGGUACAUCCGACACCCAAGGAGGCAAGCAGAAAUUUUCAUAAGACAGGAAGUAAAGAAAUACAUCUUUACAGAACACAAGGCUAAAACACUGAAUAUACUCAAGAAAAAUGUUGACGACAUCAAGAAACUUGUGAUUCAAGCUUUAUUUACUGCAACAGAGAAGGUCAAAACUCAAAGAGGAGACACAGACAUGUGGCUGAAGGAAUUUUCUAGUUUGCUAAAAGAAAAUGAUGAGCUAACAUUCGACACCAUUUGUUGUCAAAAUUUCAGUGACAUAAACAAAUUUGACUUUCUUAAAGAAGAGAUAGAGAAAGGACUUACACCCAUCAUUCAAGAGUUGAGCAGCCUCUCAUUGGAUAAGAUGCAGAAAUUCAGGCUGAAGCCAGAUCAAAUCCUUAUUGAUCAGCUGUGUAAGUGCUGCUGGGUAAAGUGUCCAUUCUGUUCAGCUGUUUGUACCAACACCCUGGAGGAUCACAGUCCUGAUGAUCACAGCGUGCCUUUCCAUCGAUCAACUGCUAUUACUGGGUGGCACUACAGAAACACAGAUGAAUUGGGCAUCGAAUUCUGCACAACAAAAGUGGCAAGUGAUUUAAGUUUUUACCCUCAUCCCGAUUCAGACAAGUCCAUUCCCUUCAAACAGUACCGAACUGGUGGCCCAGAAUAUGCUAACUGGAGAAUCGACUAUGAUGAAUCUAAGCUGAAAUACUGGAAGUGGUUUGUAUGUCGAUUUCAAAAGCAACUGGAAGACCACUAUAAGUUAAAAUUCAAGGGCAGAGGUGAAAUUCCCAGCGAGUGGAAAACGCACUCUAAAGAAGAAGCUAUUAAAAGUCUGGAUGAAAUGUGUGAGGUAGCCAACACAACACAACUACAACCCUGCUGAAAAUGACGAUACUGUUUUCUUUUACAUGAACCAAACUACUUUAAAACAGCGUUUUCAGAUUUAUGCUGAUUUUAUAAUUGACAGGUGACUCUGACUGUGAUAAAGAAAUAGGGAAAGUCAGUGAUUUGACUUAAAGGACGUGAAGGAACACUUGAUUGCUUGAUUGAAGUGAACACAUAAACAAAACAAGCGCAAGAGAACAAUAAUUGUAAUUCAUCUACAAAGCUGGCUACAUCUGUAGUGAGAAUAUCUGGAAAUGAAAGCAUUUUCCUUGCAGAGAAGAUGUGUUUCUCAGCAAUAAUGAGUUAAAGAGGAAAUGAGACAAGAUAAAGCCUCCUAUUGCAUUAUUGUUUUACAGGAUGCACAAAUAUUGUCAGAAAUUAUGUAUGUUUUACUUUUUUUAUUUUUGCUGUUUCAUCAAGGAGUCAUGAUUGACAUGACCACAACUAUUUUCAUUUAUGUAUUUCAACUCUUUUUUGUUUUAUAUUUGUAUUUCUAUCAUGUAUUGGUUGUAUGCUGAUAUGGGCAUAAAGUCUAAAUGUCUAAAUAUCUUGUUUUUUGAUUUAAUCUUUUUUUCUUUUUUUUUUAAAUAUUCAUGAAAUUUGUUUGUUAUAAUUGUUUCAAGGAGCACGGAAAUGUGCAAGAUGUUUUAGCUGAAACUUACUGAAUGGUGAUCAUGGACAUAUUUUACCUUUUUUAUUAUGUUGAACUCACUAGAAAGGUCUGAAUUUCAAUUAAUAUGGAAAAAGUUGUCAGACAGGAAUUUUUAUACAAGCCACAUUUUUUCUUAUACACAUACAUAUCUAGAUAUUACAUCUGAAAAUAACGUCAAACAAAUAUUAUCUUUUGAAUUUCUUAUAUUUUAACUUUCUUUUAAGUUUAUUGUUUAUGUUAAAGAAUAUAUCAAACAUAAUUGAUGAAGAAUGUUUUAUGUUUCCAAAAUAUUUGAAGUGUUCAAUUGAAUUUGUUCUCUUUCAUGUUUAUCUCAUUUUAACCAAACUGUUAUUGUAUCCUCAUAUAAAUGAGUUUUGUUGUUUUGAAUAAUUAGACUCCUGCUCUGUCUUAAAUAUGAUGACAUCCAGGACACUAAUAUCAAUAAUGUUGUGUUUGUGAGGAAAAUCUUUUUAAAUGAGUAUGAUGAGUCAUGAUAAUAAAUAAAUAUCUACUGAAAUACCAAGUUUCUUAUUGAUUAGUGUUUUUGAAAUGACAAAGACUCAGUAAACACAUGUAAGUGCUUGUAUGUUUACUAGUGUACAUUUUCACAUUUUGAAUAGUCUCAUUAGAUGCUAUUGAUUCUAAAAACCUGCUGAAC